CAUUUAUGUGUACAAUCGGUAGAAGAAGUUACCUUGGUAGGCUUAUGUUUCAGGUUAGGCCUAAACUAUUUCUGCAGCAAGAGUUAUGCACAAAAUGAAAAGUUUAUUGAUUUGAAAUUACACAAUUGAAGGUUACGAUGGCGUACCGAAGUAAAAAUGUCCACACGCAUUUUAAAAGAUUUAUACAAACAGCACGACAUGUGAAACAGUUACCGACAGGAGGCUUAGGAAGACAGUCAAAGAGGGCCACCAGUGUCCACAGUGAAUCGUUGUUAAACCUCUAUAAUCUUGGAAAUGAUUCCUCAGUGUUUGGCUAUAUCCUGAAUUCACCACAGGUAUCCAGUAUCCUAACAGCAUGGAAGUCGUUCUGCUCAAAACCACCAAAAGGAUUUGAAAAGUUCUUCCAGGGGGGAAGCAAAAAAGCCCCUUCAAAGAAAGACGUUCCAAAGACAAAUCCAAGUAAAAGCAGUGACCCACCAAGUAAAUCCAGCCAGAAAGAAACGGAUUUCUGGAACACACUUUGGAGUGGUGGUGGCUCUCGUGCUGGUGGAGGUGGCGGGGGUAAAUCACCGAUAGACGACAAAAACAAACAGCAACUAUAUCUUACAAUGGCAGUGACGGUAGCGGGGGCCCUUGGUCUUGGAUGGGUAAUGAUGGGGGGAUCGGCGUAUGAGAUCACCUGGAAGGAAUUUGUCAACGAAUAUUUAAAUGCGGGACAGGUUGAGAAAGUCGAGGUAGUUAACAAGCGCUAUGUUAGAGCAUGGUUAAAACCAGGACAUUCAAAGGGGCGUUACGUAUAUUUCAACAUCGGCAGUGUUGAUACAUUUGAACGUAAUUUGGAAGCCGCCCAGGAAACAAUAGGCAUCGAGCCAGCUAAUCAAUUAUCGAUACUUUACAGUACGGAGAGUGAUGGGUCUUUCUUGCUGAGUUUGAUUCCCACAGCUCUCAUCAUUGGAUUCUUCUUCUAUAUAUUCCGCAACUCUGCAGGUGUUGCGUCUGGGAAAGGGGGAAAGAAAGGGGGAAUAUUUGGAUUUGGGGAGUCAACAGCCAGAAUAAUUAAAGAAGAUGUCGGUAUUAGGUUCAAGGAUGUGGCUGGAUGUGAAGAAGCUAAGCUGGAAAUUAUGGAGUUCGUCAAUUUCCUGAAGAACCCUCAACAGUAUUUGGAUUUAGGUGCUAAAAUACCAAAGGGAGCGGUAUUAUCUGGUCCGCCAGGAACCGGUAAAACACUGUUGGCCAAGGCUACAGCCGGUGAGGCAAAUGUCCCAUUCAUUACCGUCAACGGCUCAGAGUUCCAGGAGAUGUUUGUUGGUGUUGGUCCGUCUCGUGUACGUGACAUGUUUGCGAUGGCUCGUAAGAAUGCACCGUGUAUUCUCUUCAUCGAUGAAAUCGAUGCAGUUGGUAGGAAGCGAGGGAAGGGUAACUUCGGAGGUCAGAGUGAACAGGAGAACACCUUGAAUCAAUUGUUGGUGGAAUUAGAUGGUUUUAAUACAACAACUAAUGUAGUAGUAUUAGCUGGUACUAACAGGCCUGACAUUCUAGAUCCAGCUCUUCUGCGUCCUGGUAGAUUUGAUCGACAAAUAUAUAUUGGAGCUCCAGACAUAAAGGGAAGAGCAUCCAUAUUUAAAGUGCAUCUGAAGCCAUUGAAGACAAAUGUAGACAAGAACACAAGCAGCCAAAAGCUAGCAGCAUUAACCCCUGGAUUUACAGGAGCUGAUAUUGCUAAUGUGUGCAAUGAAGCUGCAUUGAUUGCCGCGAGGUUCGGCAACGACAGUAUUCUAGCUAAACACUUCGAACAGGCCAUCGAGAGGGUUGUGGCGGGCUUAGAAAAGAAAACACAAGUGCUACAACCAGAAGAAAAGAAGACUGUUGCAUACCAUGAGGCUGGGCACGCUGUAGCCGGCUGGUUCUUGGAACAUGCUGACCCACUAUUAAAGGUGUCCAUUAUACCUCGUGGUAAGGGUCUAGGUUAUGCACAGUAUCUUCCAAAAGAGCAGUUCCUAUUUACCAAAGAGCAGAUGCUGGACCGUAUGUGCAUGACGUUGGGUGGCCGUGUCUCGGAACAAAUAUUUUUCAACAGGAUUACGACAGGAGCGCAGGAUGACCUUAAGAAGGUCACGCAGGGUGCUUAUGCCCAGGUUGUUCAAUACGGCAUGAAUGAAAAAGUUGGCAACGUAUCAUUUGAUCUACCGCAACAAGGUGAGAUGGUGUUAGACAAACCAUACAGCGAAGAGACUGCACGCCUCAUUGAUCAGGAAGUCCGCCAAUUAAUCAGCGACGCAUACAAGAGGACUAUGGACCUCCUUACUCUACAUAAAGAAGACGUAGAAAAGGUUGCCAAAAGACUACUAGACCAGGAAGUACUAAAUAAAGAAGAUAUGGUUGAGCUUCUCGGAGCACGACCAUUUGUCGAGAAAUCAACGUACGAGGAAUUUGUUGAAGGCACAGGGAGCUUUGAGGAGGACACUUCAUUACCGAAGGGCCUAGAAGGAUGGAAUAAGACCCAAGAAAAGGGGGAGAAAUCUGAGGAAGAAGGAGCAGCCAGUGUCCCAACAUAGCUAGGGUAGAAAAAUGAAUAAUAAAUUCAUCAUAUAUUUUACAUUUAAUGUAAUAUUUUACAUUUACUGCAAUAAAUGAGGUUUUUGCUGUUAUUGUACUAAAUAUUACAUCUGUUAAAAAUCAAGUGAGGGCAGUGUUUACUUCUUGGUUCAAUAAAACAUACAUACCUUAAGUUAUUAAAAUGAUGACAAAUAUUGCAAAGCAAAUACUUUAUAGUGUUUUACUCCAAUUUCACUCAAUCUGGUAAGCUGUUCACUUUAAUAAAACAGUCAGUCAUUUUUGUCGCAUAAAUAAUUAAAAUGAAAUUUGAAAACCAACAGGGAAAAUUGUGUUUUACCUACACACAAUAUUUUAAAUAAUUGUUCCAGUUUCUCUAAAAUUUCAAAAUCAAAGGUUGAUCUUUGAUCGUCGAUUCAAUGAGAUGAAUUAAGACGGUGAUAAUGUCAGCAAUGUGUGCGAUGCCAGAUUUAUAGCUGUUCUAUUAAAUUCUGAGAUUAAAUAGAAUGUAUGUUAUAUAUAUAA